CUCUGAGUUCUACUUCAUGGUUCUGGUGUAGGACCCCGUGGCACCUCAGAGCAGUUGAUCGUGUAAAUUGAUGUCAAUCUACGGUCACGGUGUGGAUUUUAUGAUGAAAAGAGUUCAUUUCGCGUCGUCCUUGGAAUGGGAAGGAACAGGUGAUAUGGUUAACGAACGUUUAUAUAAUUCUACCGCGCAACAGACGAACAAUUAUGUUCAUCUGCAACUGAUAAAUCUCCCUGAUGUUUGCUUGGAAGCGAUUUUAUCUAACCUCUCCUACGAUGAAAUUUCUAAAUAUAGGAUUGUUUGCAGACAGUUUGAUCGAAUCUGCAAGAAGCUGCUCAAUCGUGGCUUCAACCUCAUGGAGAAAUAUCAUGCACAAUGCCUUCGCACUGUUAAAAGCAAGCUGCCAAGAAGGGAGUCGGAGCGACGGAGCCAUCCUCUCGCGCGUCAUUGCGAUAUCUUGACAGCAAUAGAAACGAGAAUCUCUAUGUUAUCAAUGACUUUUAUCAAAUACGUUGAUCUGAACGUUUGUUGCUUUAUACCAGGAAAGGUAAUCGAUGAAAUUUUCCGUGUUCUUCGAUUGAUUCGUGAGACAAAGACACCACCUAGAGCACAUGAGAUACUUCAAGAAUUACGGGAUAUAAGCAGCAUGGCCAUGGAACAUUUUGAUGAAAAGAUCCUACCAGAUCUGAAGCACAACAUUUGCACAUCCAUUGGUACUGUAAAUUCAUAUGAUUUACCUGGUGGCGUCAUGAUCUCCCAUGGUAGAAACAUAAAUAACUCCACACUGCCACAUUGCAACAAUCAUAAUAUAACCUGCUCAGAGAAGCUUAACCAGACUUUUAAAAAGAUUAAUGAUCGUACGAAAAAGAACAAAAUGUUCUUUUUGUCUAUGAGAAAUGAAAUCACUAGAAUGAGACUCAGGAUACAAAGACAAGAAUAUCUGGUGCGACAGCAAACUUUGAAGUUACAUAAACAAGCAAAAAAGAUACAUGAUCAAGAUACACUGUUAGCCGAGGUACGAAAGCACCUUGAGGAAUGGGAGCAGAAGAUGGUAGAUUUGACUACCGAAGUGAGUCGUGCACGGGAAGGAACUCAGAAUCCCGAUUCGUUAGAAAAUCGCAAACGGAAAACACAUAUUAUUAGCACCGAUACCGAGCCGCUUCAACAGACAAACGAAUUGCAAGCCAAGAAACGCAAGCUCAUAGUAGAAAGGAAAACAUCGAGCGAUGCAAAAGAUGUGAAGUUCAAACAAUUUAUGUCGAAUUUACUUUCGAAGUCUACAUUAGAUGGUUAUCGUAUCGACUCAUCAUGCCCGCGCUAAUUUGACUCUUUACAUUAACAGUCCAAGUGUAAAGGUUUUUGCGCGCAGAAUUAUUAUACUCUUUAUAAAAUGCAUUUUUCAACUGUUG